CUGGCCCCUGAGCACAAAUACCCCGCUGCCUACGAAGACUGCCUGAACGCCACCCAGCACUUCCUGCACCACCUGGAGCACUACGGCGUGGACCCCGCCCGUGUCACUGUCUGUGGGGACAGUGCUGGGGGCAACCUGGCAGCUGCUGUGAGCCAGACCCUUGCAGGCAGGUCAGACCUCCCCAAACUGCGUGCUCAGAUCCUGCUCUACCCGGGCCUUCAGGCCCUGGACUUCAAUUUACCGUCUUAUCAACAGAAUCGGGGAGUCCCUUUGUUAUUCCGAGAACGUGCUGCUUUCUAUGUAUUACAGUAUCUCAAUGGGAAUGCAACGAAUCUGGAAGAGGUCUUGGAAGGUUCCCAUAUUCCUAUAGACGUUAAAUUAAACUACCAAAAGUGGGUGAGUCCAGACAACAUCCCUGAGAAAUUUAAGGUCAGAGGCUACAAGCCACGCGUGCUGCUUGACUGUACAACUGAAGUUUUUGAGAAGGUGAAGAGAUUCUGUGAGCCCAACCUGUGCCCUCUGCUGGCUGAAGACACAGUUCUUCAGCAGCUGCCAGAAUCUUUCAUCCUGACCUGUGAGUACGACGUGCUGCGGGACGACGGCUUGUUGUACAAGAAGAGGCUGGAGGACAACGGUGUCCGGGUGACCUGGUGCCACCUCGAGGAUGGAUUCCAUGGAAUCAUAAACUCCUUUGGUAGCGACUGGUUGUCAUUUCCAUCUGGAAAAAGGGGUCUUGACAACGCUAUAAACUUUCUGAAAAGCUUGUAGCGACAUUUUUCUUCGUUCCUGUAAGAUUUGCCAAAUUCCUGUGGUCUUUUAUGCUUCUGAAUUCCAUAUAAGAAGUUCAGAUAGGACAAUUGGUUAAAAAGCAAUUAUGCCAGGGUGAGUAAUGUAAAAGGUAUUUCAAGAGUGCUA